AUGGCCUAUCGCAUGGAAGCCAACGCACUCUACAUCCAUGGGAAGUGGCUUCAUGCUCGGGGCGCCGAUGGCCCGGCAACGGAAGGCGCCAUCCGCUCGGAGCGCGAUGUGUUUCUCUGCCAGCAUCUGGCGGAAGAGCUGUACCGGCGUGCCGUGACGCUCAUCGUCCACAAGACCGACGGGCCGCGCACGAGCCAGACAAUCCAGCCGCUCCUUCAAGCGGCACACUGGAAGUUGCACGAGAUGCCACGCCGGAUUGAGGUGUACGCCGCCGCCGCUGACGACGGCACGAGGGCGACACAGGUCUCGUUCUACACGGGCCACAGCCUCCUGUUCACUAAGCUAUGCGGGACGCAAGUGUCGUAUCUGGUCGUGCUACAUGGGCCCAACUGCGUCGCGCAGUCGGUGGAUCACCUGCUGUACGACCCCAGCCGGGACUGCUGUCUGUGCCCGCGGCAGGUGGUGCCCCUGAGCAUGCGACGAGCUGUGUUCGAGGAUCCGGGCCACGGGCCCUGGGUUCCCAUGGUGGUGAAGAUGUCGGUUCGCGACGGCCUUGUCGGCGCCAUGUCCUCCCCAGGGGGCCAUCAUUGGCCGCUUCUUCCGAAAGCGCAGGACGGAGCGUUGGUGGCGAUUGCGCCUCCUUCCCACUCUCCGUCGUCGGAAACUGCAGCUCCCCGCGGAACCGUCCCGGUGGAUCAUCUGUCCACGGCCAGUGCUGCCUUGGACCCUGUGCUCACCACCCCGACGGCUGCCAGCCAAGAGGACCAAGAAACGAUAGUCGCGUCGCAGCUGGCCGCUGGGCCGCUUGAACUGGAAACGGGCGUGCAGACGACCGCAUCAGAUACCGCAUCGGACACCGCAGCACCGGUCCCUCUCGUACCAGUGGUGGAGAGCCUCGCCCCCCACCCGGAUGACCAUCCCGAGUCCGCGUCUGGUGCGCUGCCCUCGACCAUCUCCCGGAAUAUGACCUCUGCGGAUCGUGCGUGGUGGCAGACCUGGCCAGAACCGCCCCGGGAUGUCCAAACGUCACCAAGCGCUGCGGAUCACAACAUUGGACGCUUUCAGGUAAGUUCUCCCUUGUCAUAUCAUGUCCUUCACCACCGGUGCUCUUCUUCCAAUAUCAUCCUUCCCUGUCCUUUCGAUAAAGUCUAGCUGGGUCUCCU